GGAAAUUAUGCCCGAGUAAAUAACCCAGUUGGUAGGUAACCUACACAGGUUCGCAACUCGAGUUAUAUGUUUUCCGAACGUUUUUACAUAACCUAAUAUUCCUAACCGUGACAUAACCUACAUAAACAUGUCUAACAAGGAUAGUAUAAUCCAUUCUACUAUUCUUGGCACAAGUAGAAAACGCGCUACAGCAGCACUCCUUGCGUUUUGGACAUCUGUAGUAGAUUCCGACGACGAUGAUGACAAUGUGAUUGUUAGUCAACAACUUUUAACUACGAGAGAACAUGGGGAAAGUAAACGUGUAUGCAUUAAGAAUUAUGUUGCCAUUGUAGAAAGCUACAGUUUAGAUGUCAUAGGUAUUGUAGAUUUCCGUAAACAUUUCCGAUUGACGAAAAUGAGCUUUGAGGAAGUGCUAAUUAAAAUUGGUGAUAAGUUGUCAAUGGCUAGUUCCGUACACCACACUGGGAGACCUGGAAAUGAUGCGAAAACACAGUUAUUAGUAGGUCUAUGGAUUCUCGCAAAUCAAGAGUCGUACAGAACCGUCGCCGAUAGAUUUGAUCUGACCAUUUCAACAGCAUGGUGUUACUUUAGAAAAGUUGUAGAUACUUUAGUUUCAAUUGCGUCAGAUGUAAUUCAGUGGCCUAAAAAUGAAUCACAGAGACAGUGCUUCUCCACUGAAUUUCGUAAAAGACAAGGAUUUCCAAAUGUUAUAGGUGCGAUUGAUGGAACGCACAUACCAAUAGUGGCCCCACACAAUAUGGCAAACUCUUACAUCAACAGAAACAAAUAUUAUUCAAUUGUCUUACAAGGAGUUUGUAAUGCUAGAUAUAAAUUUAUCGAUUGUUAUGCCGGUAAAGUUAUUAAUUAAAAAGGAUACUAUCA